AUGUUCUCGACUGUUUGGGCCUGGGUCCUUCUAUGCGGCGUUGCUGCUGCCCUCGCGUAUCGCCGAUCAGUUUCGAAGCUGUCUGGAAUCCCCUUGGUUGGAUUCGAAGUCAAAGACCCUAAACAACGAAAAAGCCAAUACACCUUCAAUGCUCCCGGUAUUGUGCAGACAGGAUACAAAAAGUUCAAAGACAGAAUCUUUGGCGUGGAUACAGCAGAUGGUGUCAAACUCAUCUUUCCGCAUCAAUAUGUGGACGAAAUCUCGAAAGAGCCAGGACUUAGCUUCCAAAACUCCCUCGACGAAGAUUUGUUGAUCGAUUACACGUACAUGGGCGGACUGAAGCAGUUCGCAUUGUCUACUUUCAAGCGAGAAAUCACACCUCAUCUUCCCAUGUUCAUUCCUGACUUCAUUUCACUUAUUGACGGUUAUAUCCCCAACGCACUCAUUGAAUCAGAAGGCAAGUUGCGUAUACAUUCUCUCCAACUAGCCUACCACUUACAACAACACCUGACUAACGUACCUUCAUUACCGAUAGAAUGGGCUUCGGUCAACAUCUAUCCGAAAAUGCUUCGUAUGCUCGGCAUAAUAACAGCAAGAGUCAUGAUUGACAGUGAUGCCCCUCACAAUGAGACUUGGGUCACUCUGACCACCGAGUAUCUGCAUGCUGGGGUAAGGCACGCGCAUGCUUUGAAGUUCUGGCCCCCAAUGCUAAGGCCGGUCGUUCAUCGAUUUGUGCCAGGAUACGCUGAGGUUCAGAGGCAACUCAACCUCGGAAGGUCUAUAGUUGUCGACGCUAUCCGCAAAAUUGAUGAGCGAGAGAAGAACGGCGUUCCAGAGCGUCAGCCGACGAGUGUGCUUUACCAUAUGUCUCGCAAGGCACCAGGUGCUUCUUCCGCGGUCAUUGACAUGCAUCUCAAGGAGCAGCUGAAUCUUGCUGUGGGAGGAAUACACACCACCUCCGCCGUGCUCACCCAGACGCUUUUCGAGCUUUCGGCACAUCCAGAGUAUAUCCCAGAAUUGAGGAAAGAGGUGAUUGAUACUUUGGUCAAAUUCAAUGGGGAAUUCUCGAAAGCUGCUUUGUGGGACAUGCACAAGUUGGACAGUUUCAUUCGCGAGACUCAUCGCCUGAACUCGCCGAACCUCACAACUUUACAGAGACGCGCUACCCAAGAUGUUACUCUCUCAGACGGUACCUUCAUCCCGAGUGGUACAAAGCUCGAGUUUCCGACGUUCGCCAUCCACCGUGAUAGUGAGUUCUUCGUUGACGCUACUGAGUUCGACGGAUUCAGAUUCUUGAAAUUGCGUCAAGAAGAUGACAAAGAUGGCGGAAAGCAUCACUAUGUCAGCGCUCGCAGAGAUAUGUUGGGCUGGGGUUUUGGCAAGACGGCAUGUCCUGGGCGAUUCUUAGCCGAUAUCGAGAUAAAGCUAAUUGUCGCGUUCAUCCUGAUGAACUACGAUAUCAAGAACCCGGAUGGCCAAGACAGACACGCGCAUGUUCAUUUUGAGAAUCAGGUUUUCCCUGACCCCGUCAACCCAGUGCUCAUGAAGAAGAUUCUGCGUGAGGACAUUGACGAAAAUGGUCAUGUGAGACAGUAG